AGUUCCAGAAACAUAAGAAAGUGUGCAUUUUCAUUUAUUUUCUGUCUUCGUCAUUUUUAGCCACGGUAUCGUGUAUGAAAUUUGUGAAAUUCAAUUUAUUUAAUGUUUUUUUCCUAUACUUUUGUUGUGGUGUAGACGAGAGUUUUUUCUACUUACGUGUAUUGAGAGUCACCGCGCAUCGUCAUAGGGGGAAGGUAUACAUCAACAUAAUAUCGAAUAUCUUCACUCCAUAUUUACUUAUAUAGAUACAUAGCAAGUGGCUAACAGAUACCACGUUUUCGCCAGCUGGUUGGUGUGCCCGGCAAGUCGUGUGCUUCUUGGUGCAAGCUCCGAGGAAGGAUCAACAAUUCAUCCCAUCUGUGAGCUCUCGUCCAGUGGGGCGCUACCAUUUUAUAUGACUUUAGCAAGAUAUACAGAGACAUCAGUACAGAGCGUGGAGAGUGGUCGGUCUGUCGCGGCGAGGGGUCCCGGCUGCCGGCGAGCGUGCAUGACGCUUCACACACUAAGCAAUACUGCUCGCAGAAGAUCAAAGUUUUGCAGUAACAGACAUCGGAAACUGCUGCCGUUGCGGCAGACGUGACUGGCGCGCUCCGCGGGUGCCCCCGGCCCGCAUGCCGCUCUAGACGCCCAACCGUGCACUCGUCACACCAAGCCCGAUCCAGUGUCAAAAAAAAACCACCCCUGGAAUAAUUAGUUAGGAUUAUAAUUAAGUGAGCACAUAAGCAGCCAUGGGGUCCGUUAACGUAAACCGGAACGUGGCGGACGCGUUCUACCGCUACAAGAUGCCGCGCAUCUGCGCCAAGGUGGAGGGCAAAGGGAACGGCAUCAAGACCGUCAUCGUCAACAUGCCCGAGGUCGCCAAGGCCAUCGGCAGGCCCGCUACCUACCCGACAAAAUACUUCGGGUGCGAGCUGGGUGCUCAGACACAGUUUGACUUCAAGAACGAACGUUUCAUCGUCAACGGCAGCCACGACUCCGCCAAAUUGCAGGACCUGCUGGACGGGUUCAUACGUAAGUUCGUGCUGUGCCCCGAGUGCGACAACCCGGAGACGGAGCUGAUCGUGUCGACGAAGCGGAACACCAUCUCGCAGGGCUGCAAGGCGUGCGGCUACCACGGCCCGCUCGAGUUCAACCACAAGCUCAACACUUUCAUACUCAAGAACCCGCCGGCUGCCGACCCCAGCAUGCAGGGUUCAUCGCUGACAGAAGGCAAUCGUGGCAAACGCUCUAAGCGAAGCGGUCCCGCUGCCAAUGGCAAUCAUGAUGGGGAUAAUCAUGACGCCAAAAAUGAGGGCGAGGUGCCAGUAGCUCCAACAGUUCCAAACCCUAAGAGCAAGAAGAAGAGCAAAGCUGUUGAGGAUGAUGAUGAUGAUUGCAACUGGACGGUUGAUGUGAGCGAGGAGGCUGUAAGGGCUAGGAUGCAAGAUUUGACCGAGGGAGCGAAGAGCAUGACUCUCUCGGAGGACAGCGAGAAGAACGAGAAGCAGCGCAUGGACCUGUUCUACUCGUUCCUCAAACAGCGCUCCGACGCCGGCGAGGUGGAGGGCGCGAAGGCCGUGAGCGACGUCCUGCACGAGGCCGACCGGCUGGAGGUGAAGUCCAAGGCGCUGCUCGUGGCGUUCGAGGUGCUGGUGGGCGCCAACACGCUGGCGGCCGACGUGAAGCGCCACCGCGCGCUGCUGCUGCGCCUGGCGCGCGCCGACCCCCGCGCGCCGCGCGCCGCGCUGCACGCGCUCACGGCGCUCGCCGCCACCUGCGCCGCGCUGCUGCCGCGCGUGCCCGCCGUGCUCAAGCUGCUGUACGACCUGGACAUCGUCGACGAGAAGACCAUCCUCGAGUGGGCGGCCAAGCCCUCGCGCAAGUUCGCGCCCAAGGAGGUGGUGGCCGACGUGCUGAAGCGCGCGCAGCCCUUCAUCGACUGGCUGCAGCAGGCGGACGAGGAGGACUCCAGCGACGACGCCAGCGAGGAGGACAUCGAGAUCGAGUACGACGAUCGUGCCAAGGUGACGCCCAUCAAGGCGGUUACGACCCCCGUCGCCCCGCCCAAGCCGCAGCAAGAGGACGACGGAGACAUCGACGUCGACAUUGACGCCAUAUAGACGCACCACCACCACCUCACCGUCACUGCACCACACCCACCCCGCACCUUACGUGUUUCGUAAUCUUAGUUAUCCAAACGAAUUGCGAAAUAAAUUAUCACAAUGUAUUUGCUUUGCUUUUUGAGACCACUACAACCAUAUAAAAAAUUUGUUACUACAAUAAAACCCCACUCCAGUUAAAUGGUUUUUGCUUUGAAUAUUUGAGGUAUGAAUUUGUAAACAACAGCAAAGUUUUAAAGAAAUGUUAUUGUGCAAUAAAAAAUUCUGUGUAUGGACACUUUGAUAUAUUUAAAGUAUAAAUUUAACCAAAUUUUAAGAUAAGUACUAACUCCCGAUCAUUUGAACUUUUAAUUCGCUUUUCACGUAAUGUUAACUUACUAGCUUUAUCUGUGAAUGUUGUUUAGCGGGCGAUUAGUUAAACAAUUAGUUCGUUAAUCUUCUUCAUUCAAAUGUCAAAUCAUUGAUAAGAUGAAGAGAUUCGUGCGUUCAACUAAACACCCGCUAAACUACGUUUAGUAGCGAGGCCGGUUAAUGUUCGAUUCGAAACACGUAAUUAUAUUUAAGAUAUAUGGACCCCAUGCGCUGAAAAUUUCCUAUCAAUACAAUCAACGUAGUCGCUCUGCCGAUAAGUUUACAAUUUUUAAAACUUUACUCAUAUAAGCGAUAUUGAACGGGCGUGAUUACGGUUUCUAUACCACUAAAGUGAUACAAUAAAAGUAUGUAUCAUGUAAUAACUCGUUCUCAAAAUACGUAUAUUAUUAUGAUCUAUAUCACGAAAUUGAAAAACAAAUUUUAAGAAAUAAUGUCAUUUUCACAAUCUGGUAAGGAAGCCGUUUCCGCCAUUUUUCAAUUCUCUCUCAAUGAAUUUAGUGAAAAAUAAACAUAUUUAGAUCGAUUGACACAAAAUUCAUUCGAAGAUAAUUAUUAAAAUUUCUGUGUAAAUCCGUAAUUAUUAUUAUAGAUAUAAAAAAAAAAACGUAAUCAGUAGUGUCGUAAUCUAAACGCUUUGUAAUUAGAGUGACUAAAAUUACACUAACCUUAUAUAUUCCAAAACUAUUCGUUCCUACGUGUAAGUUUCAUUUUUAUUAUAUAUAGAAUUUGCUGAUCUAAUUAUCUCUAUUUCGAAGUCACAAAUUUGGUGACAAAAUGUAAGUUAAUACACAAAAUAGUUGAUUAUAAUAUAUUGUUUUUUUUUUUUUUUUUUUCUUUUUAUGAAAUGUUUUAAAAGUAAUUAAAUCGUGAACUUUUGCGAUAACGCACGAAAUAGAAACACAAUUUUUGACUCUUUUUUUUGUCCAUUAAGUUAAUUCAUUUUUGAUUCAUUCAUUUAAAUCCAUUCAUUCGCUCCUGUAAUAUUGUUAUAAUUUUAACGCAAUUUAUUUAAUAUAUAUUUCAUUAUCCAAUUUCGUGCGUUUAUUAUAUGUUUUAAGUUAAUUAUCUCAAUGAUGUGGAGACGUUUCUUGUAACAUAGCUAGCAAUCUUCGGUCGCCGUGACUUUUUCCUCCAUUGAAACUAUUAUUAAAUAGAAUAUUUUAAAAUUGCCACCUGACAAUUUUAUUAGAUUUGUUUUGUAUUCAAAUACAUUUGGAUUCU